GUUAAGAUAAUUUGUAGCGUAGCGAAUUCCCAUGGAAUCUCCAUCGAGAAGUUGCGUGUGCCACAUGGUGGCCAUGCCCUACCCUGCUCGCGGCCACAUAAACCCCACCAUGAACUUCUGCAAGCUGCUAGUCUCCAACACCACCGACAUCCUCGUAACCUUUGUGGUCACCGAAGAAUGGCUCGGCUUCAUCGCCUCCGACCCCAGACCCGACAACAUCCGCCUCCGCUCCAUCCCCAACGUGGUCCCGUCGGAGCUCACUCGCGCAAACGACCACCUCGCCUUCAUGGAAGCUGUCAUGUCCAAAAUGGAAGCGCCCUUCGACCACCUACUCCAUCGCCUUCAGCCGCCGCCUACGCUGAUCUUAGCUGACACUUUUUUGUACUGGGCGGUGGCCGUUGGAAACCGAAGGAACGUUCCGGUGGCGUCGUUUUGGACCAUGUCGGCGUCUAUUUUCUCUGUGCUCCACCACCAUCACCUUUUGGAGCAACAUGCUCAUUACCCUCUCAAUUUCUCAGAAAACGGUGGCAAACGUGUGGAUUACAUUCCUGGAAUAUCCCCAACGCGCCUCGUAGAUUUUCCUCUAAAUGAUGGCAGUUUCCGCAGCAAGCGAACUAUGCAAUUGUGCCUCAAAGGUUUCGCGUGGGUUUCCAAAGCACACUGUAUCUUAUUCACUUCCAUUUACGAGCUGGAGCCUCGAGCCAUCGAUGUCCUAAAGGCAGAGUUCUCUUUGCCCAUAUACACUAUUGGCCCUGUCACACCUUAUUUCAGCCUUCAAAAUGAAAACAACCCCACUUUGAGUUAUAGCUACAUGGAGUGGCUUGAUGCACAACCCCUUGCUUCUGUUCUUUACAUCUCACAAGGUAGCCAUUUCUCGGUUUCAAGGGCUCAAAUUGAUGAGAUGGCAUUUGCUUUGAGGGAAAGUGGCAUUAGGUUCUUGUGGGUAGCACGUGGUGAGGCUUCAAGGUUGAAACAAAUUUGUGGGGACAUGGGGUUGGUUGUGACAUGGUGUGACCAAGUGAGAGUGUUGUCACAUUCUUCUAUUGGAGGAUUUUGGUCCCAUUGCGGGUGGAAUUCCACAAAAGAAGGUGUGCUUGCUGGGGUUCCGUUUUUGACUUUCCCAAUAAUCAUGGACCAACCACUUGAUAGUAAGAUGAUUGUGGAGGAUUGGAAGGUUGGGUGGAGGGUGAAGGAAGACGUUGACGUAAAUGCUUUGGUAAAAAAAGAUGAAAUUGUGAUGCUAGUGAAGACAUUUAUGGAUUUUGAUAAUGAGCUUGCAAGGGAAAUCAGAGAGAGAUCCAAGACUCUUGCGGGGAUUUCUGGUCGAGCAAUUACAGAUGGUGGAUCAGCUGUAACUGAUUUGAAUGCCUUUAUUAGGGAUUUAAUGCAGACCGAACAUUAAUGCCACAAAACAACAUUAACCUGGUACAUGCACUUGUUUUCAAUUUCAUGGAAAUCAGUACUUUAUUUGGAUUCUUAAAAGUGCUUUUAAUAAGUAUUACUCCCUCUAUUUUUACUCCC